UUUUUUGUUCAUUCAAUGCUGUCUUCGAUUGCUCGCUCUAUCAGCGCCUCGUCGGCCGCUCGCUCUACCGCUGCCGCUGCUGCUGCUGCUGUCACUGUCGUCGCGACCCCUUCGUCUCGCAAGAUCUCCGAUUUCUACGCCGGCCUCAAGGCGAGCGAUCCCGAGGUGUACGACCUCCUCAAGCGUGAGCAUGACCGCCAAAUCCGCGGUCUCGAGCUGAUCGCCUCGGAGAACUUUACCUCUCGCCCUGUUAUGGAGGCGCUUGGCAGCUGCUUCACGAACAAGUACUCGGAAGGUCUCCCUGGCGCUCGUUACUAUGGCGGUAACGAAGUGAUUGAUGAGAACGAGCGACUCUGCCAAAAGCGCGCUCUCGCUGCGUUUGGCCUGAGUGAAGACAAGUGGGGCGUGAACGUUCAGCCGUACUCUGGCUCUCCGGCCAACUUUGCAGCCUACACUGCAGUGCUCAACCCGCACGAUCGCAUUAUGGGUCUUGACCUGCCCCAUGGUGGACACCUUACUCACGGCUACAUGACUCCCAAGAAGCGCAUUAGCGCCACUUCGAUUUUCUUCGAGUCCAUGCCGUACCAGCUCAACCCCGAAACGGGCGUCAUUGACUAUGACAAGCUUCAGGCCAACGCGCGUCUCUUCCGCCCCAAGUUGCUCAUCGCUGGUGCUAGCGCCUAUGCUCGGCUGUUCGAUUAUGCUCGCAUGCGUCAGAUCGCCAACGACAACGACAGCUACCUGCUCGCUGACAUGGCUCACAUUUCUGGUCUUGUUGCUGCGAAGGUCAUUCCGAGCCCAUUCGAUCACUGCGAUAUCGUCACUACUACCACUCACAAGACGCUUCGUGGACCUCGAGCGGGCUUGAUUUUCUUCCGCAAGGGCGUUCGCAAGACUGGCAAGACUCCAGCUGAAGACAUUCGCUACGAUCUUGAGGACCGUGUGAACGCUGCGGUCUUCCCUGCGCUUCAGGGUGGCCCGCACAACAAUGUUAUUGCUGCGAUUUCCACAACUCUCAAGGAAGCCAUGACGCCUGAGUUUGUGGCAUACCAGAAGCAGGUCUUGGCCAACUGCCAAGUUCUUGCCCAGGUCCUCAAGUCGCACGGCUACUCGCUGGUUUCGGGUGGCUCUGACAACCACUUGCUGCUUGUUGACUUGCGUCCGCGUGGUCUCGACGGCGCUCGUGCUGAGGCACUUCUGGAGGCUGUUGAUAUCACAGUGAACAAGAACACCACUCCGAGCGACAAGAGCGCCCUGGUUCCUGGUGGCUUGCGCAUCGGUACUCCCGCUAUGACUUCGCGAGGCAUGAAGGAGGCCGAUUUUAAGCAAGUGGGCGAGUUCAUCCACCGUGCUUUGGAGCUUGCGAUUGAGCUUCAAAAGACUGCUGGCCCCAAGGUCAAGGACUUCAAGGAGGCGCUUAAGGGCAAAAACGCCGUCAGCGACAAGCUCGCAACUUUGCGUCAUGAGGUUGAUACCUUUGCCCGCAAGUUCCCUAUGCCUGGUUUCAAUUAACGCCCGCUUCACAGAAUCUAUGUGAUGUUUGUGUCACGUCUCGUUGGGCCACCGAAUAAAGCCGUUGAAUGUCGAAGA